AUGUCCGUAUUGUCUGCUGAUGUUAUCGCUGAGGAUCUGAAAGCGGUUUUCCAUCAGAUCGACGACGAAGGGAACACUUCAACGCAAGACCAGGAAAAAUUACAAGUAUGCAUAAAUGCACUUCGAAAUCAACAUCAAAUUGUUUCCAAAGAUAUUUUAGAAGUAAUUUUCUUUACAGUGGUAGUUUUAGCAGGCGCGAGAAAUUCAGAUUCCGAAGUUGCAGCAUUUUGGCGGUCUAAAGCCCCAUUACGAACCUUUGUUUUGUUUAGUACGAAAACGCGUUUGGGUAAGGUUGUUAAUAAUAUACGUAAGAAGAUUGCCAAUGAAGAUGUAAAGAAACAGUUAAAGGAAUUGCUCAAGCAAUGGCAACGAGAUUAUUUGAGAGGCUCAAAUAGCAUCUUACAAAAUGGCGAUCAAAUGAAAAGGAAAUUUGAUGACAGUAAUAAUGUACAUGAUGGAGAUAGCCAAGAAACCGAGCCGAAACGUAUAAAGAAGUCUUUAAGCGAUGAUACUUUAGAUGUCAUUAAUAAACCAGCAAUCGCCUGUAUUCAAAUACCACGUGUUGAAUCCUUACCAAUUAUUAAAAAUGACUCUACUGUCUCCACAGCGAUGACAUCGUAUGGUGAUAAUAUUAACGCGUCUGCUUUUGAAAGUGCAAUAGAAAACGAUAACAGUGACACUAGCGGAGUAAAUAACGAUCUGGAAAGUUUAUCACCUACGAUAGAAAUUGAAAAUAAAACCUGUGCAUCAACUAAUGCUAGUAAGGUCGAUAAAUCAGAUAGUGAAUCAAAUGAUAUGGCAAGUGGUUAUAAAAUCCCUAUACCUAGCAAGGUAAAAGAACUAAAUAUGAAGGCGGACGUGAAACGCAUUCGUAAACAGCAGGCUAGCGUGCUAGACCAAUUACUGAAUUCCAUAAGCGAACUUGAAACCCAAGCAGAAAAUAACUACGUAAGAAAGAGAUCCCUUAGACUGCGGCUUGAUUGGGGAGUAAAAGAUAAGGAUAUAAAUAAAAUACAAAAUAGUAGCAACGAAAAUGACAUCAGUAAUAAAGUAGACGGUGUAUGUGGUCGCUAUGCCUUCGAUGGCAGUUGGUGUACAUGGAAUAUACCUAUGCCAACUCCAAAUGAUGAAUUAGUAAUUUUGCCAUAUACUGUGUUUGACUAUGAAUUUUGUUUUGAAAGCUGA